AUACUUUCUGAGCUCACUGGAAAAACCAUUCGAGUGACAUUAUCCUUCGAGGUGCUUUCUUGUGAUCAAAAUAAAUAAUCUUCUGAUCUCUAAUCAGUUCUUAGAUACAACAGUAGUAUAUUCAUCAAUAUUUCUAUUAAAAACUGGUUAAAAUGUACAUAAAAGAGUGAUCAAGAUUCUCGCGUCUGUGUUAAUUGUUUUGCUUCAUAGUUUUUUUGCUGCAUUAUUAUGCGUUCUUUAACUGCGGUCCAUGGGGUGGAUCCCUUGCCUGAUUUAGGCAUAACAUCUCGAAUACAAGGUGACGAUAAUCCCGAUGCCGACAUGGCCGGAGCGCAGGACACAAUUUACCUUUGCAAUUUUCGCGUUUCUGUCGAUGGAGAGUGGCUUUGUUUAAAAGAAUUGCACGACAUGGAAAUGCAAGAUUCCUUUACUCGACAAUCUGAUAACGGUGCCAUAACAUCGCCGGACGAUCCGAUGCAUUCUUUAAUGGCUCGAGACCCCGUAGUGAUAGAACGCAGUAAUCUCGUGAACAUCUCGAAACUAAUCGUUAAGGAGUUGAUUGAGCAAUCUCUUCGUUUUGGCCGGAUGCUAGACAGUGACCACUUGCCGUUACAUCAUUUCUUCAUUGUUCUCGAACAUGUCAUGCGUCAUGGGCUUAAACCCAAGAAGGGUCUUCUUGGUCCGAAAAAGGAAUUAUGGGAUAUACUUCAGAUGGUUGAGAAGUAUUCACCAGAGGCUGCUGACAUAACAGCCAGUAUCAGGGAUUUGCCGACUGUCAAGACUGCCAUGGGACGCGCACGGGCUUGGCUUCGAUUGGCACUAAUGCAAAAGAGACUUGCAGACUACCUCAGAAUUUUAUUAGAGCAUCGUGAAGAAACACUUGAAGAAUAUUUUGAACCGCAUGCAUUAAUGUUAAACGAGGAAGCUGUUAUUAUUACUGGAUUGUUAGUGGGCCUCAAUGUUGUUGACUGCAAUUUGUGUGUGAAGGAAGAAGACUUGGAUAGCCAACAAGGCGUGAUCGAUUUCUCGUUAUAUCUCCGUGGCAGUAAUUCCUCAAACGAUCUGUCCGGCAACGGUAAUGGUAAUAAUGAACCGAAACAACGUCACAUCAACACAAUGUUGGACCAGAAGAACUACAUCGAAGAGUUGAAUAGACACCUCAAUGCCACGGUCGCGAACCUCCAAUCGAAAGUGGAAAGUUUGACCACAACCAACGCCCUAAUGAAGGAAGACUUGGCGAUCGCCAAGAACACAAUGAUUCAACUGGUCGAAGAAAACAAUCAACUUAAACAUGCUCUAGGUCAGGACAUUACCAAAGAUAGCAGGAUGAAAGUGAUGGAGAUGCAAGCUGAGGAGGAGGAGAAGAGAAGUGUCAAGAGUAACACUUCCGAUAAAUUUAAGAAUGAGAAGGAUUCGGAAAUUGGUAAGGUAUUGGAGGAGGAAAGGAAGAAGAAUGCUGAGCUACAAAAAGAACUUGAUUUGCAGAUAUCGUUGAAAGCGGAAAUGGAAGUUGCUAUGAAGCUGCUCGAAAAAGAUAUCCACGACAAGCAAGACACUAUUAUAUCAUUGAGGCGUCAGUUGGACGAUAUUAAACUGAUCAACCUGGAAAUGUACAAAAAGUUGCAGGAAUGCGAGAUGGAACUGACGCAGAAAGGCGAAAUGGUCUCCAGGCUCCAAGGGAAAGCUGAGCAAAUUGGCAAAAUUCUUCACAACCUCGAAAAAUAUAACCACUUCCUAGGACCGGACCAUGACUUAGUCAAAGCUUUAAAGUCACCCUCUAAUGAUAAUUUAGGAGAGAAAUUAGAAAUGCUUAAAGCACAUAGUAGCCACCAAAAGGGUACAAAGUCGAAAGACGAAGGUCCACCGAAUAAAAAGUUGAACUUGCAGGAAAUACCACCGUUCCGUAAAACUAACAGCACUGACAAAACCGUAGCGCACUCGGGAAAUUGAUGCUAUUCCUUUUAGACGAUUGUAAAUAACGUUCUAACAAAGUCCACGAGGUGGUGUUUCCUCUUAGCGAAUAGAUUCUCAUGAUAAUAACUAACACUUAUUCCUCUAAUGUUUCCAUAAAUUCUACAUAUAAAUAAGAAAAAAAUAAUAUCAUUAAAUUAAUAUCAUAAAUAGCCUUCUUUACCAGCACCCAUCUAAUUCUCAGGUGACAUUUAGUACAACAUAAUUACGCUUAGUGAAAUGCGCAUUUAUGCUUACUAACGUUAUUGUAACUUUUUCAAGACCCGAAUUGUAAAUUCCGGCUUUGUUUUAGGAAUGUGAAAGUUCCUUGAAACAUAAAACAGAGCUAAUUGCCAAAUUGGAAGCAAAGACUGAGUCAAUGGGCAGCACGAUACAUCAACUCGAUGAGAAGUAGGUUUUAUAUGUUUUCUUAAGCCUCAAAUCGCUCGACGAACAGUGCCUACUUUAAUUAUAUGUUUAAUGGGGUAAUUGACUUUUGUUAAUUUACAUGAAAAGUUAUCCCGUUGAUACAGUAUCGGCUGAAAUAUAAAAGUAAUUGACCUCGUUGUUUUACCAUUUCUAAUGCAAGGCUUAGAAGUCAGAGUUCAAUUAUUAUAAAUCAACAAAUUUUUCGACGAUUUUUAAUACUUCAAAUGAAUUUCACGAAAAAAUUCACAUUCGACUUUUCUAAGAAUUCACAUUUUUUUAUGCGAAGACAAAAAUAGUCAAUUGCCCCGUUCAAAAUAAAGUGUAUUGCUUGACAUAUCAAUUUAUCGGAAACGCACUUAGGUGUGAGCGAUGCACCGCUUGCUGGGAUUUGUAACGAAACCAUCUUGAUAUUUAUUAGAUAUUGGCAAACCCUCACAAUGAAACAGCGAUAUUUUGAUAAAAUAUAUUUUUCGACAUAUAAUAGACCACAAAACGAACAAGGCAAGGCGCUACUGCUGCUUUAGCUUGACUUUGCUGUGGUUUUAAUUAUUAAAAUACUAGUUAUAAUAUUUAUUGGAUUAUGUUAAGUUUACGUCAGGUUUAUUUAGCUUUUACUGAAAUCAAAUAUUGUCAUUUAUAGAAAUAUUUUUUUCCAAAUAUAAUCGGUAUGGAAAAAUGGACAUGUUAUAUUUUUUGUCAUAGCUUUAACGAAUAGUACAUUCGAAUCAUAUUCUUAUAUCGAUAGAAAGAUUAUUUCUUAAGAUCUUUAGCAAUUAAAACACAAUGUAUUCUGGAAAUUUUUAGAUGAUACUACAAAGAUUCUUAGAUGUUUUAUAUUUUUCAAUGAUAUUAAAAUAUUUUAGCAAUGCAUGUGAUAAAAUCCAUAGACUUGUAUUAUUUGAAAAUAAUAUUAUUUAUUGAUCUCAAUUGAUGUAUUCUAUAUUUAAAAUUAUAAAAAUAAAUUAUAUCUUAUUGAUUAUAAUGCGCAAUAAAGUUUUAUCUGUAAUAGCAUUUAAAACCAAAUGUAUUAAACGUAAAUAUUUGUCGUUUUUUUUUUAUAGUUUUGUAAUUUUAAAGCUCUAGUUGUAAAGCCUUCUUUGUAAUAAAUGAUAUUCAGUCGCA